CGGGCCGCCGCUGUGCCAAGCUGCCGCCACUACUACUCGCCGCUGACGUAUUCAUCGGGCCGCCGCUGUGCCAAAGCCGCCGCCACCCUAUUCGCCGCUCGCCUAUUCAUCGGGCCGCCGCUGUGCCAAAGCCGCCGCCACCCUAUUCGUCGCUCGCCUAUUCAUCGGGCCGCCGCUGUGCCAAGCUGCCGCCACUACUACUCGCCGCUGACGUAUUCAUCGGGCCGCCGCUGUGCCACAGCCGCCGCCACCCUAUUCGUCGCUCGCCUAUUCAUCGGGCCGCCGCUGUGCCAAGCUGCCGCCACUACUACUCGCCGCUGACGUAUUCAUCGGGCCGCCGCUGUGCCAAAGCCGCCGCCACCCUAUUCGUCGCUCGCCUAUUCAUCGGGCCGCCGCUGUGCCAAGCUGCCGCCACUCUAUUCGUCGCUCGCCUAUUCAUCGGGCCGCCGCUGUGCCAAGCUGCCGCCACUCUAUUCGUCGCUCGCCUAUUCAUCGGGCCGCCGCUGUGCCAAGCUGCCACCACUGCUACCCGUUUAUUAACAUUUCGACUGAACUUUGUGAUUUAGUGUUCUUCGUAAAAAGUUCUGAACGUGAUUUUAUUGUGUUUAGUGUAGUGUUUAGUGUUAUUUAAGGAAAUAAAUUUAUAACGUUUUAAGAAAAUAUUUUCGCUUCGCUCUCUCUCUUUAUGUCCUAACAAAUAAAUUUUUGUGACGACUCUGGCCCCCGCUGAACCUACCCCAGCUUCAAAGUGAAAACACGUCGUCACAAUGGCGCCCGAGCAGGGACUAUAAAAGAGAGAAAGAAUAAAUAAAUGAGUGAACAAUAAUUAGACAAAUACAGAUGAAAACCCAGUGAAAAAAAAAACAGUUAAAAAAAAAAAAAAAAAAAAAAAAAAAAAUGUCAAACGAAAAGACAAUGUUGAAGGUCUCCUGGGCCUAUAUGCUAAAGCAAGAAGACUUGGUAACAUAUCUUACUGAAUUCAAUCUUGAUCCAGUUGGAAAAGUGGACGAUCUCCGAAAAAGAUGGGCUAAAUUUCUCCACAACGACCAUGAAGCCGAUGUAUACAGACGGCUUAUAGAGUUGCAGAACAAACAUGAAAGUACCAGUCCGACCAAAUCGCCGACAUUGCGAGCCGUCACAAAACAACCCCUUAUAACCGUAACACCGUGUGGAGCAGAAGCAAUAGUAUUAUCCCCAAUAAAAACAGAGUACGCCCUUCCCCACAUUUCCGCGGAAAGGUCACAUGGAGAGUCAAGCACAGGGGUAACAAACGAUCAAAAAGUACAGAAGAUGUCGCCAACAAACCCCGAAUAUGGAUUUCAAAAAGAUUCUCCGCCCAAGCCAUCCAAUAAUUCGUCGUUACUCGUAAUUCUCGACCAAAUCCGAAAAUGGAAUAUUACUGUUGAAAAUGGAAUGGACCCUAUUGGAUUCGUAGAACGUGUAGAGGAAAUGGCUGAAAUGUACAUCGUGGAAUUGAAUCAAAUAAUUAAAGUAAUGCCAGAGUUGUUACGAGGUAAAGCUUUAAUCUGGCUAAGGAACAACAACCGACACUGGACUACCUGGAACGAAUUUAAGAGUGAUUUUCUGAAAUUCUUUUUGCCACCGAGAUACUUUGAGAAAUUGGAGGAUGAAAUUAGGAGAAGGAUACAGCGUAAUAAGGAGCCGUUUAAGGAAUAUGUACUCUCUAUACAGCAUCUUAUGCAGCACACCAAUAUGACCGAAGAACAAAAAUUGGAACGAAUUUUUAGAAACGCGCAUCCGGAUUAUCAAUGGUACAUUCGCCGUAAAGACUUUACCACACUUUCGGAAUUGAUCUCCUUGGCAGACGAACUCGAAAGCAUACCAAAUAAUUCUCGGUCAGAACAGCCUCGAAAUCAACAAAACUAUAAUCGACGUGCGGACAACUCUAGAAAUAACCUGUAUUGCACCAAUCAAGGUGACCAAGUGCUAAACGAAAGCUCAUCCAAUCCAGAAACGCAGCAGGAUGAACCCCCGGCAAAGAAGAGUAACCAGAAUAUUACAUCAUUGCAAUGUGAAGAAUAUCGCCUUACUGCAACUGUCUUAAUAGAGGGGAAAGCUAUUAAAGCAACUGUCGACACUGGUGCCACUAGCUGUUUUAUAAAAAGAGAAUUUGCGAAAAAAAUCAAGAAAAGGUUUACUUAUUCACGGCAUGAGGCAAAUGUUAUCCUCGCAGACGGCACCACGGUGAACAUCACAAGAUCAACAGUGUUACCUGUUACAUUUGGAAACCAAAGCUCAGAUGUUACAUUUCUCAUCAUGCCGCAAUUCAAGGAAAACAUCAUAUUGGGAUUGGAAUUUCUAAAACAGUUCCACACGACCAUUCACUGCGCCGGUAUAAGUGUCAAAUUAAGUAAGCCAACCACAUCAACGGAGCAUUGUACCGUGGCUAUAGGAGAGGAAACCCCAUCAAAAGAGACAUUAAAUUGACAAUACCCAAACUAAUCAGUGUCCUAAUAUAAGCCCAUACUUCAAAGACCAUCGCAAUUCUCAAAAUUUCAACAUCACGAUGGAGCAAGAUAGCCCCAACACGAAAAAAUUCAAACGGGCGAAGGAGAAUAAUAGCACACCAAGUACAAUCAAAUUGCCAGUCACUGAAAUCCCAACUGAGUCAACGCCAUCGUCCUCGACAGACAAUCCCGUGAACAAUAACACAUUUCUCGAACUGCCAAAUUAUCCCGAAAACCUACAAAGCCGUAUCGAGAAGUUUAAAAACAAUUGGAAAAAGGGACACAAACUGAAGCGAAUUGUUAAACAAGAUGGCAAGCAGUACCGCAUAAUAAUAUCAGCAGACGGGGUAGUGAAGGUAUCUCUCCGAACUUCUGCAAUUGGUCUCUAACAUACCUUCCUAUUCGACCGAGAUAUAGUCGAACCAAAGUGCCCAUGUCGGAGAAAUAAAAGGUUACAUAACACCCUAGGGCUUCCUGGCUAUUGAAACCCAAUAGCAAUAGAGAAAGCAAAUCAAGGAAUCAAAAAUCAGAGGGAGGAAGAGAUGCCAUGUAACGCCCAAAAGUCAUGCUUUCGUUUUUGGGGUACAUUAUUAUUGUCCCCUAGUAGAAAGAAGUAUACUUAAAAUACAACAUUGGAACCCCUGGUGGCAAAUGGCGGAACUACGCAAAACUGUCAGAUUGGGAUCAGCUGCUGUCAUGAGAAAACAACAAUCGUUGUCCAGCCAAAAAGGUAUAAAAGGAGACGCAUUUCACCCAAUCGGGAUCAGUCUUCUGUUGAUGGCUGGUAAGUCAAGUGUGAUUGGGAGGAAGAAAAGGCGCGCAACCUCGGUUGAAUUGAGUCUUAGUAAGCCAAACAAUAAGCCUUGACUAUUUGUGGUGACUGGACUGGACUGAACGCAGGGUCAAGUGAGGGUUGUAGCAAUACUCCCUAUUCUUCGGGCUGCGUUGACGGCGACUGAACGCAGGGUCAAGUGAGGGUUGUAGCAAUACUCCCUAUUCUUCGGGCUGCGUUGACGGCGACUGAACGCAGGGUCAAGUGAGGGUUGUAGCAAUACUCCCUAUUCUUCGGGCUGCGUUGACGGCGACUGAACGCAGGGUCAAGUGAGGGUUGUAGCAAUACUCCCUAUUCUUCGGGCUGCGUUGACGGCGACUGAACGCAGGGUCAAGUGAGGGUUGUAGCAAUACUCCCUAUUCUUCGGGCUGCGUUGACGGCGACUGAACGCAGGGUCAAGUGAGGGCUGUAGCAAUACUCCCUAUUCUUCGGGCUGCGUUGACGGCGACUGAACGCAGGGUCAAGUGAGGGUUGUAGCAAUACUCCCUAUUCUUCGGGCUGCGUUGACGGCGACUGAACGCA